UUAAAAAUACUUCAAACAAAAUGUGUUUGUGCUAUAAGCUCGCUGAUGCUUUGGAUAUCUAUACGGCCCAGUUUGAGUUGCACAUAGAGCCGGACACAAAUUUGCUGCCACGCGCGGCACAAAAGGCGACUGAAUUGCAGGUACGCGGCUAUAUUACGCAUACGCACUGUGGUCAGCUGGCUAGAGGCGAACUGGAGGGCAGUCUGCAGGCAGUGCAAGAAAUGUUAUGCUGGCUGCAACAGGAGGCAAGCCAGCAGCCACAAUUUGGCAACUGCCAGCGGCAAUUCAAGCCCAAGUAUGAUCAUUUCUUCUAUUGCUAGUUGGGUGCAUUAAAAAUGAUUAACAAAGCAGCGAAAAAAAUAAAUAAAA